AUGCAAUUCGAUUCGUUGACUAGGGCUCCUCGGAGUGUCAAGGAGGGUAUUGACUGGUUAAUAGCACUAAAAGGAGAUGAUGCUGCAAAGAACUUGGCUGCUAUGGGAGCCGCACUUUACAAGUUCCUUGCAGACAAGCCGGUCGGCAAGAUGGAGUUUCCGGCACUCGACAAGGCCAAGAUCUUUUCAAAAGACCUCAUGACGCAUAAGGCGCUAAAGGAUCAGUGGCCGGCAAACGUUAUGCUGGAGAGAUUCAUUACGCCAAUGGAUAAGGACCCCGGAGCAUUCGCUAAGAUUAUCGGAAUCGUAGACGAAAGCGAUUAUAAGAAUAUCGUACAGGCCAGAGGUAUGAAGCCUGAAGACAUCGCAAAGGAUCUAGGUAAAGUUGUAGAUGGUUGUGAGAAGUUCUUGGUCAGUAUCAAAAACGCAGAUAAAUAUGAAUCCACUUAUAGUUCAGAAGCUACCUGGGCUGGAUCAUGUGUGGAAGACCCGGAAGCUUGCGCAGUGAUCCUGGUGGGUAUGGCGCCAAUGUUGUACGUGGGCCUUCGUGCGUUGAGGAAGGCUAGCCUGAGUGAAACACAGAGUUGGUUACACCCUGGUGCACUUGAGCAUUUGGGAAAUGUAUUGAAUGCCCUGGGUUACAGAGCACCGGGAUGCCGCGCUAACAUGAGCGGUUCUUAUCUUUACAAGUUAUUGAAAUAUAAUGUGAACUUCAAAGUGUUGGUCACACUAUACGACCUCUCUGGAUUCUGGGCUUUUUAUUGA